AUGUCUACCUCAAACGCAGUCACGCUCUUUGAUGCCGGGGCUGGUCAAUCUCAGGGUGGUAGGAAGUAUCAAGAGGAUCGGUGCGCAGUGAUUUCUCCGAAUCAGUUUCCAUCCAACAUGAAGGACAAUGUUGCAUUCUUUGCAAUCUAUGACGGGCAUGGUUCUGAAUUGGUGUCAGAACAUGCUAAACACAGUCUGCACCACCUGCUCGGACGGCGUCCGGAGUUCGAACAAGACGAUUGGACCGCGGCUAUCAAAGCAGCACUGGCGGAGGAAGACAAAAUGCUGUUGGAUAGGUUCGAGCAUGAAUCUGCCGAGCCUGCCAUCUCAGGGUCGACAGUAGCAAUGUGUUGCGUUAAUCUCACCAAGGGUGAGCUGGUCGUCUCCAAUCUGGGCGACUCACAUGUUAUCCUAGCCGAGCGGGACCGGAAAACAGAGCACCCGUAUCACAUUCGACGUCUCACAGAGGCUCACAAGCCCUCAACGCCCAGCGAAAAGACCCGAAUUGAGGAGGCAGGCGGGGUAGUCAACAACCGCAGCGGUACAGAGCGUCUUGGAUCCUUGAAUAUGUCUCGAGCAUUGGGCGACCUGCAGUACAAGAACCCGGUAAAUACGUUCAUGGACAACACCUCCGUGCCAGACCCCGCCUCGUCAGCUACCAGCCGAUCGGAAUCUCGGGGCAACUUCCUAUCCAAUGAUCCCUACACCUCGCGACGGACAUUGCACACGGACCGCCGUUACCUAUUACUAGUGGUGUCCGACGGAGUUACCGAUCGAGUGGAUGAUACGAACCUGGUUCGGCACGUGAUGAAAUUAUCGAUGCGGGGAAAACGAGCAAAUGAAAUUGCACAAGAAAUUGCCACCAGUAGUGCUAACAAACCUCACAGUGACAAUGCAACUUGUAUUGUAGCGAUGUUAGACGGACAGGGAUCGUGA